AUGAACCGAAAUGAAUUUCUGUUCUUAAGUAGAGAAGGGGAGAACAUGACUGGAAGCGUGUACAUGGUGAGUGGGCCAGUGGUCAUCGCAGAAAACAUGCUUGGCUGUGCUAUGUAUGAACUUGCCAAAGUGGGGCACCAAGGAUUAAUGGGAGAGGUAAUAAAGAUAGAAGGAGAUAAGAUUACCAUUCAAGUCUAUGAGGAAACAUCUGGCCUGGGGGUGGGUGAUCCUGUUGUGAGGCUAGGACAUCCUCUUUGUGUUGAGUUGGGCCCUGGACUAUUAGAUAAUAUAUUUGAUGGCAUACAGCGGCCACUACGGCAGAUAUAUAAUGACACAAAGAGCCUGUACAUUCCAAAUGGUAUUUCUUUGCCUGCUUUAGACCGGACAAAAAAAUGGGAAUUUACACCCACUGUGUCUAUAGGGGACAAACUGGAGGCAGGGGACAUUUUUGGAAUGGUGGAGGAGAAUACUCUUCUUACGCUGCGGCUUAUGGUAUCGCCAAAGAGCAAGGGGGGUGUAGUCACUAAAAUAGCUGAAAAGGGCAUGUAUACGGUAGAGGAGAUAUUGCUAGAGCUAGAAAACAGUGGUAUAGUGAGUACAGAAAAAAUGUACCAAAUAUGGCCGGUUAGAUCACCCCGACCAAUCAAGCAAAAGCUUACCCCUGUGCAGCAAUUGUUCACGGGGCAGAGACUCUUAGAUGCAAUGUUUCCGUGUGUGCAGGGAGGAACUGCUGCAAUUCCAGGGGCAUUUGGAUGUGGUAAGACUGUUAUUUCACAAUCACUUUCAAAGUACUCCAACUCAGAUGUGAUUGUCUAUGUAGGGUGUGGAGAGAGAGGGAAUGAAAUGAGUGAAGUGCUUGAGGAGUUUCCUACUCUUAAAAUAAAUGUAGACGGGAGAGAGGAGUCUAUUAUGAAGAGAACUGUGCUGAUUGCAAAUACUUCUAAUAUGCCAGUAGCUGCUAGAGAGGCAUCUAUCUACACGGGAAUAACUAUAGCAGAGUACUACAGAGACCAGGGAUACAACGUUUCAAUGAUGGCAGAUUCAACCUCUAGAUGGGCCGAGGCGCUUAGAGAAAUAAGUGGUCGGCUGGCAGAAAUGCCCGCAGAUAGUGGGUAUCCUGCGUACUUGGGUGCUCGUCUGGCAUUUUUCUAUGAGAGAGCUGGGUACACAGAGUGCUUGGGAAGCGGAGAAAGGCAGGGCAGUGUUACUGUAGUGGGGGCAGUCUCUCCUCCGGGUGGAGACUUCUCAGACCCAGUGACUGCAGCCACUCUAGGAAUUGUACAGGUGUUUUGGGGGCUGGACAAAAAGCUCGCACAGAGAAAGCACUUCCCAAGUGUAAACUGGAACCUUAGCUACUCUAAAUACAUAAACCUUCUUACGCCAUACCAUAACCAAUACAAUGCCACCUAUGCAGACUCAAUGAAAGUGAUUAAAGAGCUUCUCCAGAAAGAGGAGUCACUCAGUGAGAUUGUACAGCUUGUUGGGAAGGGAUCUCUGGGAGAGCUGGAGAAGCUAGAAAUGAGCAUAGCAAAAAUCAUCAAAGAAGAUUUCCUGCAGCAAAAUGGUGUGUCAACCUAUGACAAGUACUGUCCAUUCUAUAAAACAGUGCUAAUGAGCAACACUAUUGUAUAUUACUACAAAGUAUGCAAAGAGCUGCUGGAGACCAAAGUAGUUCCGUCUUGGGAGUUCUUACUGAAUGAAACUCAAGACAUCUACUACAAACUAACAAGAAUGAAGUUUGAAGAUCCAGUUAAGGGAGAGGACAGAAUAACAGAUAAUUUAAUGCACCUGCAAAAAAACAUAACAGCCGCAUCACGUGUCCUAACAGAGUGAUUUAUUUUACUAACCCCAGAAUACAACCAAAUACCACAAUUCUGUAUACACCUAAUAACUCUAACAGAUGCAAAAAAGCACUGCAGUGGAUGGGUAUUAAUAUAUUCAGCCAUGCAUGAGUGUUUCUAUAUAACAUACUCCUACUUGUGCAGUACUAAUUACACUGUGAUAGAGUGGCUUAGUAGAUAUACAAGAAUUAACAUUAGAAAU